ACUUUAAAUAUCCGGUGUUCAUCCAGAUCAUGCAGUGCAGUACUUGUGGACAUGUCAACUCGAAAUGGUCACCCUAUAGCCGUUCUACACUACGAUUACCAGAAAUCUGUAGAAUUAACUGAUGUUUAUGUAUCGGUCAUUCAACAGAAAAAAGAAACUACCUCUAUCGUCAAGGCUUUAUGUGAGGAUUUUCCAUUAGAAAACUUACAACAUUUGAAAAGAGUGAGGUCGUGUAAUUCCAAAGAAGGUCCUCUACAAGUGGUAGUAUGUCAUGACAAAAACAUCUUCAAUGUAAAAGAAAUUCUUUCAGAUGUCAAAUAUAGCUGCCUUGGUAAACCUUUUUUGACCAAAGUGCCAAAGGUGAAACCGCUGACGAGGGCGCAGUAUGAAGAAGCAAAACUCUAUUGGCCAGUAACAUUUCACGAGGAUAAAAAAGUGACCAAACUCCUAAACUUGUCAUACUUUUCACUAGAUGAAUUAGAUGCAAUAGAUAGACAUAUUCAAGAAUUAUUUCAAAUUCAAGAAAGUGAGAAAUCUUGCAGUGCCGCUCUAAUAGUAGAUCCAAGAAAUGACAAAGUUCUAGCGAGUUCAUGUGAUAGAAGACAUCUGAAUCAUCCAUUACAGCAUGCUGUUAUGCUAUGUAUUGAUAAAAUAUCUCACUGUCAAGGUGGGGGAAUGUGGGACAUUGGUGAACCUGAUGAAGUAGACGGACUGAUGACAACGAAACAGCAGCAAAAAGCUAAAGGAGGAAAGACAGAUAAAUGUGUUGGAAAAAUCAACAAACAAGAACUGUGCAACAUUCAAUAUCUCUGUACAGGGUAUGACCUAUAUGUAACGAGAGAGCCAUGUGUAAUGUGUGCAAUGGCAUUAGUACAUUCCAGAAUAGGCAGAGUAUUCUACGUAGACCCACAUGAGGAUGGAGGGCUUGGUUCUCGAUUUCAGAUUCACACAGAAAAAGAAUUGAACCAUAACUUUGAAGUUUUCAAAUGUCAAUUAGCAAGAAAUAAAUAAGUACAUGUA